AUGAAUCCCAACUCCUCCCUUAUGGGGCUCCCGUCAGAGGACCACUUGCACGAGGAGGUCCCUUUCGACGAGGAUGAGUCGCUUCACCAGAACAUCAACCCUUACCACCACAACGACAUGGCGGCGCUCGAGGGUCUGGCGUCUCUUCUAUCACAGAACCCUUCGUCCACAUCCUUAAGCUCAGCCGCUUCCACUUUCAACAACACAUCCUCCAGCAAGUACCCGCCCCAUCUUCUGAGAAGACUUCCCAAGGCGCUUUCCCAGCCUCAAUUUCCCCAUUUCCACCAGCCUCCUGCCAUGACCGUACAAGGGCUACCUCAGAGCUCCAACCAGGACCAAGUGCUAGAUAGACACGAUAACACCCUCCACUCUCCUCUAACGCUGGAGCAGUUGCCUCCUCCCACAUCCCACGGCCAUCAACACUCCUUACCUCACGACUCGAACGCAAAUGUUCUGCACUUUCAGCAGCCCCAGCUUCUGGGAAUGCGUGGUCCAUACCUGGGAAAGCUGGCGCUGGUGUCUCAUCUACAGCAGCCUCAUUUGCUGUACCAAGUUCUGCCUCAGGGCCCAAUGCAAGUCCAGAAUCCGGUGGCAUCGCUGGCUCAUCCUCACUUGCAAUAUCUAAAUGUUGCUUCUGUGCCUCUGCAAUUUACCCAACAGAUUCCUGCUUCCCAGUCUUCAGCUCAGUACUACCAGCCUCUUUCACUGCUGUUGCCGUUGCAGAGCUCACAGCACCAGUAUCCUCAGGUUGUGUCCACGAGCUACCCAGUUCAAGCUCAAACAAGCCAACAGCCCCAGUUGGUGAAUCCUCUUCCUCAGCAGUUCCUGCCACAUAUGCAGCAGAUGGAACCGCAGUAUCAUGGGAUGCCUAAUUAUCUGGAGACAAGCAGUAGCAAGGGUGUUCAGCGCAGUGAUGACGAAGUUUAUGAUAUUGGGAAACCUAAGGUAGCACCAAGAUCUGUUGACCUUUUCAGAGUCGGUCCACCAUUUUCUGAAACUGUGCAGCACCUCCCCUUGUAUCGCUCCGAAGACCAUCAGAGCGUUAUUCCUCGAAUAAAGGCUAGAAUUGACAGAGGAUUUGAAUUAAGCUCCUCGGGCUUGUGGAUCGGCUACAAGCGUAAUUACUUCACUCUUGUUGCAUCGUACGAUUUGGGUAUUGACCUUGACACAUUUGCUGAUUCCAGAUUCUAUACCCUCAGGCCAUCGAAUGUGGGCAAUGAACAGUUGAAUAUUAAAUACUUCGCCCUCAACAUCGAGGCCAAGUGCUCUGGUUCCGACACCCAGGUCAGACUAGUUCAGCAUACGCCGAAAAGAGACAAGGGUCCACAAAAUCCUCCUGCAAUGUACCCUGCCAUUCCUGGCGAACUUCCAGAUCACCAGACGGUCAAGGAGUCCUGCAACAAGAGAAACGGCUCUAAGCUCGAGCUGAUGAACAAAAUAUUUAAUUUCGAUAGAAAAGACUAUUGGAAGCAGCGAGGCUUGCAAGAGGGCAAUCCCGCAUCGAUUCUUUCUAGCUACCCAAGUAAUAUCGCUAAGGUUGCACGGUUUGAGCGGAUACAGUUCACUAAAUCCAUCCGUACUAAAGUCAAGAAGCUGCACAACAAGUACUUCACAUUGCACGCGGAGCUUGUUGCUGUGGUGACUGACAACAACCAGGAAGAAUAUGAAGUGGUGGUUGCAUCGUCUAGCACCGCAGGAUUGCUUGUUAGAGGCCGGUCUCCUUCCAAGUAUCAAAGUGAUAGAACAUCAGGUUACAGGGGUCCCAGUGACUCAGAAAACCAGAGCAUGUAA